AUGCCUACCCAAACACCUAAAGACAUACCUACUGACCGUCAGCGCGCGACGCACAGUACUUUCCAAGACUGGCACCAAUUACCCACAGAACUCAAGCUGCAAGUGCUCGCUCAUCACCUCACAUUCGAGGGUAUUAUCGAUGUAGAAGGACACUUCAAAAUCAUGGAGGAAGAGCUCGACAUCAUAAUCGACACAAAUAACCGAGACUUCGUUGCACUGUCGCUUGAGAUGUAUUAUCAAUGCAAUGCCUUUAGCCUCAAAAUUGCGUACCGACGAGUGGGAAAAACCAUUAUGUCUCUCAAAGUCAAGUCUCCUUCACGUACAUGGGCAGCGCGAAUCCAGACCUUGCACAUCCAUGUUGACGACUGCGAUCUUCUCGCGAUACCAGGACCUCCUCCCGACCCGCGCCAGAGCACUUGGCCGCGUCAAAAUACCUGGCCGCUUUUCCCGAAAGCAUCAAAAGAGUCAGAGGAAACUGAUCGUGAUUUGGAGGACGAAUUUCUGGAGUAUUAUGUGAGCCGGAGCCUAGCAUGGCAAUCAAGCUUUCUUAAUCUGAAAGAGUUGAAGCUCACAUUCAUCUCCCCGGAUGGUCUCUGGCACCCCGACGAUACAACAGUGUGUCCAGAGUGCGAGGUGAGCGCUGGUGACUGGAAUCAAAUGGAGAUGCGUCUUGCCGAAUCCACGAACAAAUUUCGGGCACGAAAGGUGCAAAUCACUUUUGACAUGAAUGAGCUGAGAUUGGCUUGCUCUUGUACCGCGCAGCUUGAGAGCAUGAUGAUUCAGAUGAUGACGAAAAUGGAACACCAGACGGCGGCAAAAUUCGUGCCGGCUCCGCACAUGCGCGAAGUGAUCUAA